UGGUGCGCUGUGCGCGUGCGCAAGGCCGGGCACUCCCCCGGGACGUGAGGGCUGCUGGGCUGGAUGACGUGGCCUGGCGACGUCCCUAGCGCUGCGGCCUCCCGGGAGCUGGCGCCCCCGAAGCUGCCCACGGCCUAGUCCCGGCGCGCGUGGACUUGUGAGCCGGAGCCGAGGACAGCGGUGGCGGCGGCCCGCCCUGGGGAACCCGCCGGGGCGCUGCCAUGGAGGAGUGACGUGCCUGCGUCCGUGGCUCCGCCGCAGCGUGCGACAUGAGGCGACCGCGCGGCCGGGGCAGCGGCGGCGGCUCCUGAGCCCGAGAUGGAGGAGAAAUACGGCGGGGACGCGCUGGCCAGGCCCGGCGGCAGCGGCGGCGGCGGCGGCCUCGGGCCGGUGGACGUACCCAGCGCUCGAUUAACGAAGUUUAUUGUGUUACUGUGUUUCACUAAAUGUUUGAAAGCAGUGGGACUUUUUGAAUCAUAUGAUCUCCUAAAAACUGUUCACAUUGUUCAGUUCAUUUUUAUAUUAAAAUUUGGGACUGCAUUUCUUAUGGUUUUGUUUCAAAAGCCGUUUUCUUCUGGGAAGUCGAUUACCAAACACCAGUGGAUCAAAAUAUUUAAACAUGCAGUUGCUGGGUGUAUCAUUUCACUCUUGUGGUUUUUUGGCCUUACUCUUUGUGGACCACUAAGGACUCUGCUGUUAUUUGAACACAGUGACAUUGUUGUCAUCUCAUUACUCAGUGUUUUGUUCACUAGUUCUGGAGGAGGACCAGCAAAGACCAGAGGAGCUGCUUUUUUCAUUAUUGCUGUAAUCUGUUUGUUGCUUUUUGACAAUGAUGAUCUCAUGGCUAAAAUGGCUGAGCACCCUGAAGGACAUCAUGACAGCGCUCUAACUCACAUGCUUUAUACAGCAAUUGCCUUCUUAGGUGUGGCAGAUCACAAGGGUGGAGUACUGUUGCUAGUACUGGCUUUGUGUUGUAAAGUUGGUUUUCAUACAGCUUCCAGAAAGCUCUGUAUAGAUGUGGGUGGAGCCAAACGGCUCCAGGCUUUAUCCCAUCUUGUGUCUGUGCUUCUCUUGUGCCCAUGGGUCUUCGUCCUUUCUGUGACAACUGAGAGUAAAGUUGCAUCUUGGUUUUCUCUCAUUAUGCCUUUCACAACGGUUAUCUUUUUUGUUAUGAUCCUGGAUUUCUAUGUGGAUUCUAUUUGUUCAUCCAAAAUGGAGGUUUCCAGUUGUGCCCGCUAUGGAUCAUUUCCCAUAUUUAUUAGUGCUCUCCUUUUUGGAAAUUUUUGGACACACCCAAUAACAGACCAGCUUCGGGCUAUGAACAGAGCCACACACCAGGAGAGCACGGAGCAUGUCCUGUCUGGAGGAGUGGUUGUGAGUGCUGUGUUCUUCAUUCUGUCUGCCAACAUCUUGUCGUCUCCCUCUAAGAGAGGACAGAAAGGUACCCUUAUUGGAUAUUCUCCUGAAGGAACACCUCUUUAUAACUUCAUGGGUGAUGCUUUUCAGCAUAGCUCUCAAUCAAUCCCUAGGUUUAUUAAGGAAUCACUAAAGCAGAUUCUUGAGGAGAGUGACUCUAGGCAGAUCUUUUACUUCCUGUGCUUGAAUCUGCUCUUUACCUUUGUGGAAUUAUUCUAUGGCGUGUUGACCAAUAGUCUGGGUCUCAUCUCAGAUGGGUUCCACAUGCUCUUUGAUUGCUCUGCUUUGGUCAUGGGACUUUUUGCUGCUCUGAUGAGUCGAUGGAAAGCAACUCGGAUUUUUUCCUAUGGGUAUGGCCGAAUAGAAAUUCUCUCUGGAUUCAUUAAUGGACUUUUUCUAAUAGUAAUAGCUUUUUUUGUAUUUAUGGAGUCAGUGGCUAGAUUGAUUGAUCCUCCGGAAUUAGACACAAACAUGUUGACACCAGUGUCAGUUGGAGGGCUGAUCGUAAACCUUAUUGGUAUCUGUGCCUUUAGCCAUGCCCACAGCCACAGCCAUGGAGCUUCUCAAGGAGGCUGUCACUCAUCUGAUCACAGCCACUCACAGCACACACAUGGACACAGUGACCAUGGGCACAGUCACAGCCAUGGACCCUCAGGCGGAGGCAUGAAUGCUAACAUGAGGGGUGUAUUUCUACAUGUUUUGGCAGACACGCUUGGCAGUAUUGGUGUGAUCGUGUCUACAGUUCUGAUAGAGCAGUUCGGGUGGUUCGUUGCCGAUCCCCUCUGUUCUCUUUUUAUUGCUGUAUUAAUAUUUCUCAGUGUUGUCCCACUGAUUAAAGAUGCCUGUCAGGUUCUGCUUCUGAGGCUGCCACCAGAACAUGAGAAAGAACUACACGCUGCUUUGGAAAAGAUACAGAAAAUUGAAGGAUUAAUAUCAUAUCGAGACCCUCACUUUUGGCGUCAUUCUGCCAGCAUUGUGGCAGGAACAAUUCAUAUACAGGUAACAUCUGAUGUGCUGGAACAAAGAAUAGUACAGCAGGUUACAGGAAUACUUAAAGAUGCUGGAGUAAACAAUUUAACAAUUCAAGUAGAAAAAGAGGCAUACUUUCAACAUAUGUCUGGCCUAAGUACUGGAUUUCAUGAUGUUCUGGCUAUGACAAAACAAAUGGAGUCCAUGAAGUACUGCAAAGAUGGGACUUACAUCAUGUGAGAUAACUCAGGAGCACCCCUGGGAUGUCAGCAAUGAAGAUGAAUUCAGUAUUUGUAAUAGUGUGUGAAGGACAAAAAUUGUACAUAACUGUACAAAACCUUUUAAAGCUCUCUACUAUUUGGAGAUUGGAUCAAGGAAUCUUAAAGAAAAUUUAAAUACAGAAUAAAACAUUAUUUGUUCAAGAAAAAUAAUUACCACAUUUGAAUUAUGUGUAUGAAAGGAACCUUAACAUUUGAGUGAACAUAACUAUCACAUCGUCUUCAAAAAUGGACACAUAAUGAUGGAUUCUAAUGAAGACCAAAAUUACUUCUGUUUACUUUAUCAGGAAGCAUCUCCAUUGUAAAUAUGUAUUUACAUGUUUAUUACAAAGACCCAAAUGAAAAGUUUUUAGUCAAUUUUUUUGCAUAGCCUAAAGCUAAAAUAGGAACAAAAAUUCUAUAUUUAUGGAUUUUCUGUAUAUAAACUGGUUUCUAAUCGUAAUUUAAAUCCAGUAAGUAAAAUCUGUCUUGCCACUUUAAAUGUAAACUAAAUUAUUCAGAUGAAACUGCAGCAACUGUCUUGAGAUAAGCAGGGAAAGCAGGAAAGUAUAACAUUACAGUUUUUGAUGUAUUACAAGACCAACCACUGUAAAAUAAAUUUUUUUUACUUUUGGUAUUUUUGCAAAUGAAUAAUUAAUUUAUUAGGGUUAAGAACGCAUGCUAAGUUGUGUCCAUGUUAUCCACUCGCUGGUCACCUUCCUCCAAAGCAAAUACUCCAUCUCGCGUUAUGCAGCUGGCCCUCCUGGCUGCUGUCAGGCUGGUGCCCAGGCAACCCCAGCCUGUGCGUCAUUCCAUCUGCUGCUUUCUGCCGUGGAAGAGCCAACCAAGAGGCAUUAAUAACUGCCAGUUCAGAGCUGAGCACUCUGCCUAUGGAGAUAACUGUUUUCUAAUUUCUGGAAGAUAUAGAUAUAUUUCAAAAAUUCAAAGAAUAGCUAUGUCAAGGUUUAAUAAGAAAACUUGUCCAUGAGCCUUUGGGCAAUGAAAUUAAAGUACCCUAUAAUUACUUUCUACGGUGAUACCUAAUUUAUAUCUCCAUUUCCAAUGGUUUUUUUUUUUUUUGCUAUUUCUGCAAACGAAUAAUUAAUUUAUUAGGGUUAAGAACGCGUGCUAUGUUGUGUCCAUGUUAUCCAGUUGCACACAACUGGGUAACAUAAGGUUGAGCUCACGCCCUUGCGCUUGCUAAGCAGGAGCUUGUGCCACUGAGCUAUAUCCCUAGCUCCAGUUCCAAUUUUAACUGUAUGCAUAGUCUGAAAAGACUUUUAUGAUAAAUAGAUAAUAUAUAAUAUAUACAGUUUUAUGAACACCAAAGAAUGUUGUCCAGAAGAAACUUUUUUAUUACCUAUUUAUAAGUAUCUGAAUAUUUUUAUUAUACUAGGAAUUUUAAUAAGUAGGAUGAAUUUCAUAUGGUUACUAUUUUCUUAUCUAUACCGUAAUGGCAAAUAUGUAUUGUAAAUCAUAUUUAAUAUGUGAGGAGUUUUAAAACUUGGUUAUUUUGAUAUUCUUUGUGUUCUCCCUGCACAUUUUUUGGUCCAGAACCUUCAGAACACAUUAAAAUUUUUGAGUGGUGGGAAAA